AUGAUGAAACUUUUUCUUAUUUUAAUGCUCGUUAAAACAUCGUAUGAAGACACAGUUGUCAUUACGAAAACAUUGAAGGAAGAACUUAGCGUUGGAACGUUUGUGUUGGAUUUGAAAAAAGAAACGAAUUUAAUGAACACAAGCUCAAAUGAUUUUCAGUGGGUAGCAAAGGAAGAAUUUGAACAAUAUUUUUCUUUAGAGAAUGGAAUCAUUCGAAUAAAUAAAAGACUGGAUCGUGAACAGAUGUGCCCUGGCUUAGUGGAGUGUCUAAAAAGAAUAAGAGUCAUGUCAAAGAAGACAAUGCUGUUAAUAACGAUUGAUUUCAGCAUAGAAGAUAUAAACGACAAUUCACCUAUUUUUAAUAUUUCAGAUAUGAAGACUAACAUUUCUGAGUCGGCACAACUAGGAGUUUUUUAUCAAUUACACCCUGCCGAAGACUUGGACAGUCCC